GCCUCUCCCUCAGAACACAACACAUAACCACCACCAGCUAGCAGCAGCAGUUUCCUAGUGAGCUUACCGCCGCUGCUAGUGCCUGACAACUGUCGUGUGCUGUGCUAGCUCCGAGAAGCUUAGCGCGAGCCAAAGCCAAGAGGAAGCUUCGGCCGGCCGGGUGAUCGAGAUCGCCGGAAUGGGAGCCAGCCUGUCUUGCUUCGGCUCGGGAGCUGGCGGGUACUACUACGCCGACGAGCCGGGGUACGAGCAGCCGCGGCGGUCGUCCAGGAAGGUGCGGCCGAGCGACGAGGACGGGCUGUGGUACGUUGGCGAGCGCGACGUCGACAUGAAGGCGUCGGCGUUCAUCGCCAGGUUCCAUGCGUCCGCGUCCUCGUCCGCGUCCGCGAGCUAGUUUCGUGGAGGGUGGAGGCCUGUGGUUCCAUGCAUGCCCAUCACCAUGUGAACCUUUGGUCUAUUAGCUAUCGUCUGGGCCUCUGUCAGGCUCUCAUGCAUGUCUCUCUAUUCUAGCUAAUCGAUCUCUAGUCUCUAGCUAGCGCUAGCUUCUCUGCUUCCCCAGUUGAUGACUAGUUGGCUAGUACUACUCUACUUGGGCUCAUUUCCCAUUAAUUAGCACGUGCUUGACGAUAUAAUUAUAAGCCCCGUGCAUGUCAGUAGACCUGUUCCUCCUAAAUAAAGGCAAUGCUGGACCAGCUUGUGGUUUUCAAAUUAAGUAAAAUGAUCAGCUAGCUAUAGUGUGUUUUUAUAGUUUUUGUGAAUUGGAGAGAGCUUUGUUGCAAAUCUAAUCUGAUGUCUCCCAACUUUGCCGAAGGAAAUGUUUUCCUAUUUUAUUUUAAACGACA